AUGAUUCAAGGACAAGUAUUCAAAUGUUGCAUCUUAUUCCUGACAAUCAUCAAAUGUGUUCUUGGUUUUAAAAUAUUUAUUAAUGAAACACAGUAUAACAAGGAUCAAAAUAUUGACUAUUUAGCAUCGGUUCAUAAUAAAUCGUAUGAAAUACCUUUAUUUCAAACACGUUAUAUCACAAUACAGACAGAUUCAAAUGAUUUUCAUCGUAAUAAAUACGACAAUAGUAAUGUAAUUGGAUUUAAAUUGCAAAUAAGAUCUUCUCAUCCUGAAUUCAUCAAUCUUCGAAAAGAAGUUAUGAUACCACCAGAAACUGCCAAACUUAACAAUUCAGAUACUGUUCUAAUAGAAGAUUUAUAUAUCUUAUCACGUAAAAAUAGUCUUGGUCAUAUUUUUAAUGCGUAUCCUUCACCAAAAUUAAUUCAUCUUAAUCAAAAUUCACACGAUGAUCCGAAUAUUAAUAUUCUAUGGUCAAUGAAAGGUAAUACAAUGGGUGUAACAAAUUUAAUCUUUCAUUUGGAUAUAUUUUAUGAUGAUGAUACGUCAUUAUCACGUAUCUGGUCAUUAAAUGUUCUUGUAAUACAACCAAAACGUCUUAUUGAUAGAUUAUUUUAUAUUAUUAUUCCAUUUAUAGUUACUAUUAUUUCAAUAUUAAUGGGUAUUUUACUUGAUCCAACAAUAAUACUUGAUAUUGUGAAAAAACCCACACCAGUUCUUGUUGGUUUUGUUGCUCAAUACGGUUUAAUGCCUUUUUUAGCAAUGGCUAUUGCAAAAAUUUUUCAUUAUACACCAUUAAAUAGUCUUGCUUUAUUUGUUAUUGGUUGUUGUAGUGGUGCUUCAAAUCAAUGGACAGUUGUAUUUGAUGGUGAUGUUAAUUUAUCUGCUAUAAUGUCAUUUGUAUCAACUGUUGCAUCAUUUUUUAUGAUGCCUCUUUAUUUUUAUACAAUAGGUAGACUUUAUAUGAAUGAACUUUCAAUCACUGUUCCAUUUUUGGGUCUUGCACGUUCAUUAGCAAUUGUUGUUAUACCAUAUGGUAUUGGCAUUGCUAUAAGCCAUUUUUAUCCUGCUACACGUCCAUUUAUAAAACGACUUAUUAAACCAAUGAUGAUAUUUUUGUUAUUAUUUUUUCUUACAUUUGGUUUAGUUGUGAAUUGGUAUUUAUUUAGAAUGAUUGAUUUAUAUACAGCAUUAACAGCACCAUUAUUACCAUUUUUAGGUUUUUUAUUUGGUGCUAUCUUAGCUUGGAUAUCUUGUCAGAGUUGGACACAUAUAAAAACAAUUGGUAUUGAAGCUGGAAUACAGAAUGUUGGUAUUGCAUUUAUGAUUAUAAUGUAUUCAUUUCCACAACCAUAUGCAACACAAGGUAUUAUUGUACCAAUGGUUGUUUCUUUGUUAACAACAAAACCAUUUUGGAUUAUUUUAAUAAUACGAAAUCAAAUAAGAAAAUAUAAAAAACAAAAAGAAGAAACGAAAAGAAAAGAAUUUGAUAUUGAUGGAAAUAUAAUUGUUAAUAAUGAAAAAUCAACAUUGAAUAAUAAAGAAAAUUAUAAGAAAGAAGAUGUCGUUGAAAUCAUGCAGCAAUUAUAA